AUGCAACAGGCUUUGGAACGAGCGUUGGGUCGUGCAGAGUCUGUCAUUGAAAGUGCCCAGCAGAGGCCGCCUAAAAGGAAAUGUUCGCCUGGUGGGGAACAAUCGCUCCACGACAAGCUGUACGACAUCUACGUGGAAGAAUGUGCAAAGGAGCCUGCGGUGGCGGAGGAGCUCAGGAGCAAUGUGAACCUGUUGGAGAAGCUCGUGGCCCGAGAGGCCUUGCCGUGUUUGGUGGUGAACCUGUACCCAGGAGAGGAGGGCUAUUCUCUGAUGCUGCGGGGGGCUGAGGACUCCUCUCCCGAGACCAUCCGACUGCCCUAUGAGGACGGGCAACUGCUGGAGUACCUGGAUGCGGAACAGUUACCCCCCGUCUUGGUGGACCUGCUGGAAAAGUCUGAGAUGAACUUGUUUCAUCGAGGGUGUGUCAUCGCCGAAGUGCGGGACUACCGGCAGGCAGGCGCCGCGGAACCCCCCGGCUACCAGAGCAGGCACGUUCUCUUACGGCCAGGCAUGCAGACCCUCGCCGCGGACGUGCACGCCAUAGCCGGCGAUGACCCGAGCUGGAGCCAGGACGACAAGCUGCUGCUGGAGAGCGAGCUGCUCUUAGCUACGGCCGAACCCCUGUGCCUCGACCCUUCUGUAGCAGUAGCCUGCACGGAAAACAGACUGCUCUACAACAAGCAAAAGAUGAACACGCGCCCGAUGAAGCAAAACUUCAGGAGGCAUUCUGUGCCCUCCCUGACCAGGGAGCAGGCCGUGUCUCCCUGGCCGCUGCCUGCGCAGCUGAGAGCACUGACCUCGUGGGGAAAAGCCAGAGAGAGGAGGGCAGUCCAGCAGUAUGACCUCAAAAUCUCCAAGGCAGGAGACUGUGUGGAUACGUGGAAGCAGAGACGCUGUGACCUGGCCGUACCUUCUGAAGUGGAUGUGGACAAGUAUGCCAAGGGGAGGAAGUCCGCCCGGCCCGUGGCCUCACAGGCAAGCGUGCGGCCGGUGCGUGAGGUGAAAGAGCGCUCGGUGUCGGCAGGGGAGGCUGGCAGCGCGCCCCACACGACAAAGCCGACCUUCAUGCAGCCGCUGAGUGACCCACGGGCCUCUGCGGAAAGGUCACGUGAGGAAGCCAGAUGCCAGAGACAAGGGUCUCUCCCUGAUCAUCCCUCCACACAGGACCAUUCAUAUAGCUUCAUGCCUGGCUCAGAGACUGAUGCUGGGAUGUUCAUCUAUCUGUCUGAGGAACUGGACCAGAAGAAGGCCCCAUCUCCAGUCAGGAUGUCAUCAAGCCGUGGGGGCUCAAGCAGUCUCAGCCAGUUUUCCCCAGGCGAGGAAACACAGCAGCCCAAGACCACUCUGGUUCAGUCUUCAGUCUUGGAGAAGGACGUCAAGCAUCUGCCUUCACCUAUCCAGCUCCUCCCAAGCCCAGGAAAGAGUUCCUCAGGGAAAAUCUUUAUUCCAGGCCAGGCAAGCAGCAUUCUGAAAUCUCUGUCUUCUGCUCUUGCUUCUAAGUCACCAAGUGUUUCCCAGAAGUCCUCUGAGGAAGUGGAUGAAGGUAACAAGAUUCCUGCAGCCCUGUCUACUGUCAGCUCCUCACAGAGAACACCAGACACCCCAGUCAUGGCCGAUUCCCCUGGCCUGGACAUCAUCAGUGUGGUGGGCCCUGUUCUUGAGGCCCAGGCUUUGGCCAGUGGGUCCCACCCCAUACAGGGCUCUACCCCUGAGGCCAUAACUCCUGGAGGAAUCAAACUCAGCAACCAGCCAGCAGCACAUCAGAAACCAAGUGUGCAACCUGGUGCAUUGCAGGAACCUUCUCAAGUGGGUGUGCAGCUUUUUAUAGAAAAUGCUCCCAACCUCAAGCCGGUCACUCUCCUCCAUCUUUCAAAAGGUUCGCUUGUUUUGAAGAAUGAGCAGCUGUCCCAGCAGCAGCAGUGGCUCUGUCAAUUAAUUGAACCCCAAGGGCAGCACCCCUCCAUGUUGUGUCGCCAGCAAGACCCCAGUGUACCGGAAUCAAACAGUUACCAGCAAGCAAUUGUUAUUAACCUCAGUGGGCUGGGAAGUUUGCAGGCCCAGCCAGAUGUAUGGUCUCAGCAUGGUUGUGGCCAGAGCACAGCGGGGCAAAGCCUCCCUGAGGAGACUCCGAUAUUCCUCUGCCUUGAGGAAGCGUCAACCUCAGACAUCACAGAGUCAGCAAGUGCAGCAGUUGAGGAUCUCGCCAGCGACUGUGACGACAGCAGCAGCCCCAGGAGCUCAGCCACCUCAGCCACCUCAGACAGCAGGCCUGUCCACAGGGGAUGUAUUGCAGAAUCCGCCUCUGGAAGAUUGAUGACUAGCAGGGUAGUAACUGCUGCAGAGUAUUACUGUGAUCCAAAGCGUAGAAGUCUGGAUCGGCCACCUUCAGCCGUUCUUCCCAAGGCCCGUUACUUCAUCACUAGUUCCAAAGGUUGGCAAACCCACGAAAAUGGAAUUGGAAAUUUGGGUGAUCUACCAGAGUUUUUAGGUUUUACUGUACAAGAAAUAGCAACAAUCGGAUAA